CCCCUCUGCCACCUUUGCCGACUGAAAGCAUGCCAGACGGUUUUCUCUUGCUGGGCUCUGUGGGACGAGGGCUGACUGUGCAUCUCUCUCUCCACCUCCUAGAUAUCCCAGGAUUUCCCCCUUCUUGGACAGCUGGUGGCGCUCUUGUCCCUUCACCUCGCGGACAACGUGAAGGAGAUUGGCCUGCAGUCAGCGGAGGCCUUGUACCAUCUCCAUUACAUCAUGAUAGCCAAAAUGGCUAAGAAGGUGGAGAUGAGGCAUAAGAACAGGAAAGGCAACGUGGUCAAAUGGUUCCGAGAAGACUUCUUCAUCCCUGGGCCCGCCAUCUUCUACACCGACAUCUCCAAAGUGGCCAAGGCUUUUGGGGAGCACCUCACGCCCAGCCAGAUCAACGAAGUCGUGUUGAAGGCGAUUGACAACCUGAUAGUGGAAGACAGAGCCAUCUCUCAGGCUGCAGGGAAGCUGCUGAGUUCCUUCCUUGAGGAAUGCGGGGUGGACAUGGAAGAUCUGCCCAUCGUUGUGAAGGAGAUUUACAACCAUCUCCAAAGAAUCCCAGACACCCGCACAAAGGAUGAGACACUCACAGCUGUAGUCAACCUUGCUGCGAAGCGCCUGAACCCGGUCGUAGAUAGCCUCUUGGAGUGCUCACUGGAGUGUGAUGAAAGUGCUGCAGCGAUCUGGAAGGCCCUGGUCUCCGAUCCGUACUCCAGCAUCAAGCUGCUGAGACCCCUCCUGAAAAGGCUGCAGGAUGAAGACCCCAACGCAGAAGUCACGUACAGGCGACGCAGCAAUUCUCAAAUGCCCAUGGCGGCUACCAACGCUUUGUGCCUGAUCCUGUCGCUCCCUGAGGCUUCGGAUGUGCUGCAGAACAAGUUCCCCCAGCUGCUGCUUGCCCUUAUCACUCAGAUCUAUUUUCUUUUUGGGACGAGCAGAAGAGUUUCGAGGGCGACAAGUCUCAUGCCGGAGCCCCCUUCGCAUCUCCAGCCGCUGGCGACCACUGUGCAAGCUCUGAAAAACCUUAUUGGAUGUGGCGGCUACGUCAAAGAAUACAACAUUUUGGGGGUGCAAAGGUGCUGGGAUAUGUUGUCAAACCCAGAAAGCUUUUUCGAUGGCAUUCGUCUUCUGACAAGGACUUUGUUCACCUUCUCCAAAGUGCACCUCAGAACGACUUUCAAACAGGCCAAUGCCUACUUGCGCCGCCUUGACGUAAAGGAGAGGACGGUCGGGAUGGCCUUCUUCACGGAGCUCCUUUUCCACUCAGAGAUAGGCUUUUUUUUCGUGAAGCAAGACAUUAUGGACGUCCUGAAGGAGUGGAUGGGGCAAGCCAGCCCCCUCAUGCAGCUCUUCAGCAUCCGAGGACUGGGCUACAUGCUGCAGCACCAGCUGGAGGAAGAGUCCUUGAAUACCUUCAUCUCGCCCCUGAUCAACUGCGCUUACAAUCCGGACAAGAGUAUUGCCAAAGAGUCCAUUAAGUGCCUGCAACUCAUGUUCCACCACUUGGAGGGGGAGGAAUACAGCUUGGCCGGCUGCAGCCUUUACCCUCAACUCUUGAAACACUUCAAUGAUGAGGACAAUGACUUCAGGCUUUGCUCCAUCAUUCUUUUCGGGAUGCUGUUGAGGGGCGUGAAGGAAGAGCACAGAAACAGGGUGGAGGACAUUGUCAUCAGGAGCCUUGUCCCCCUGAUAAUCCAGCUGACUGACCCUGUGAGCGGAGAGGAGUGUCGAAUUGUCCUUAACAUAAUUGUCACCUUCCUGAAACUGGGGGAACUGCCCUUUGACAUCUUUGAGUCUGUGCAGCAAGACAGACUCUACUACAGAUUCUCAGUUAUCUGCAAGUAUAUUUUGUGGAGAUACAGGCAGAGGUUGCCGGACAUGCUCACACAGAUGAUGGAAUACCUAAAGAGCAGGAACCCUGCACAUCGCGAGGCAGCGACCAUAUUGAUAGCGUGCAAUGCACAGUAUAUGAAACCCGACUUGGUGAGCACCAAACAAAUUGACGACAUUUAUCUGGCUCUCCUGGACCUUCAGGGUGACUUGGACGUGGCUGUGUCAAACGCUGCGGUGGCGGCCAGCGAGGAGCUAUUUAGACGCUGCGGCGGUCGGAUCAAUCCAAAGAUUGUACCCAGCCAACAUCUCCUGUCCAUGCUAAAAAACAACAUGGCAAGGCAGUGAGACCGAGAACUGGCAUGCCCAGAAGGAGGUCUUCAGAAAAGGCAGGCAAGCAGGAGCAGUGGUCCUUGCUUUCCGAGUGCCACAAAGAGCAGCUGCAGGGCAGCUGGGCUUCCAUUUGAAUUGAGAGCACUUGUAGAGAACUUAAAAAAGAUUCUAGACAUUG